AGAGUGGAAACAAGGUCGGAGUGAGAGCCACAUGAAGCCAAGAUGAUGGAGGAGUGGAAAAGCACUGAGUAAGCAGAGGGAGUUGGUCCACAGAGACAAUGGAGCAGCCGCAUAGAGAGCCGUGCAGCCGGGAAGACAUGCAGCCCCUGAGGGAGAGGUGGAGAGGGACAGCAACCACCUGAGAGGCUGAUGGCUUCCCCGUUCCUGGCUCCAGCCCCCGUGCGUCCUGCCUGCGCAUCCUUCCCGGUGUUCAAGAAGGCGAGCCCCAAUGGAAAGCUCACCGUCUAUUUGGGAAAGCGGGACUUUGUGGACCACAUCGACCUCGUGGACCCUGUGGAUGGUGUGGUCCUGGUGGAUCCUGAGUAUCUCAAGGAGAGGAGAGUCUAUGUGACACUGACCUGCGCCUUCCGCUAUGGCCGUGAGGACCUGGAUGUCCUGGGCCUGACCUUUCGCAAGGACCUGUUUGUGGCCAACGUGCAGUCCUUCCCGCCGUCCCCCGAGGACAAGAAGCCUCUGACGCGGCUGCAGGAGCGCCUCAUCAAGAAGCUGGGCGAGCACGCCUACCCCUUCACCUUUGAGAUCCCUCCAAACCUCCCAUGCUCUGUGACCCUGCAGCCAGGGCCUGAAGAUACCGGGAAGGCCUGUGGCGUGGACUAUGAAGUCAAAGCCUUCUGCGCAGAGAACCUGGAGGAGAAGAUCCACAAGCGGAAUUCUGUGCGCCUGGUCAUCAGGAAGGUUCAGUAUGCCCCGGAGAGGCCUGGCCCCCAGCCCACAGCGGAGACCACCAGGCAGUUCCUCAUGUCGGACAAGCCCUUGCACCUCGAGGCCUCCCUGGAUAAGGAGAUCUAUUACCACGGAGAACCCAUUAGUGUCAACGUCCAUGUCACCAACAACACCAACAAGACAGUGAAGAAGAUCAAGAUCUCGGUGCGCCAGUAUGCGGACAUCUGCCUUUUCAACACAGCCCAGUACAAGUGCCCCGUGGCCAUGGAGGAGGCUGACGACACAGUAGCGCCCAGCUCGACGUUCUGCAAGGUCUACACGCUGACCCCCUUCCUGGCCAACAACAGAGAGAAGCGGGGCCUUGCCCUGGACGGGAAGCUCAAGCAUGAAGACACGAACCUGGCCUCCAGCACCCUGUUGAGGGAAGGAGCCAACAGGGAGAUCCUGGGCAUCAUUGUUUCCUACAAAGUGAAAGUGAAGCUGGUGGUGUCGCGGGGUGGUGAUGUGGCCGUGGAACUGCCCUUCACCCUAAUGCAUCCCAAGCCCAAAGAGGAACCCCCACAUCGGGAAGUUCCAGAGAACGAGGCGCCAGUAGAUACCAAUCUCAUAGAACUUGACACAAACGAUGACGACAUUGUGUUUGAGGACUUUGCCCGCCAGAGACUGAAGGGCAUGAAGGACGACAAGGAGGAGGAGGAGGAUGGUACCGGCUCUCCACAGCUCAACGAUAGAUAGACGGGGCUGGCCUCGCGCGGGCAGCCCCAGGUCCACUCUCACGCACUAGGAUGCUUACUUAUCUUCUUCCUGUGCCCGUCCCACUCCCCUUUGUUCUUCCCCUUUCUACCAGGGGCCCCAGCGGUCUUCCAGGUUACCGUGGGGAGCCUCUGGCCUCAGGCCCACAUCACCAUGCCAACAGGGCCACUUGCACCCCUUUCACCCCCUCACUGCAGUCACUUCUCCAUCCCCCCUCUUUUCCUUCUGACCUCCAGAAAGGCCACCACGGCUCUGGCCUUGGAACCUGACUUGGGAUGGGGAGGAUGGGGCACGAGGGCUUGGGGGGGGGUGGGAUGAGGGCUCAAGACACGUGAGAGGGUGUCCACAGUCCCAGGUGGUUAACACAGUUCUGGCAGCUAAAUAAGACGACCACAUUGAAGGCCACCCUCUUCUGGCUGGGAGGGGCAGACCUGUGGAUAGAUUCUCAAUGCCUUUUUGCAGUUCGGACCCACCAAACACCUCCCUUUCCACCCCCGUCCCUGCCCCGUGUCCCUCUGUGUCUGACAGUGACACUGGUUUGUAGACCCCAGGAGUGGAGAAAAGCAACUGGACUGACUUUCUUACCAGCAGUUACCUAGUCUAAAGCAAGCAGUGGGAACGAGCCCAAGUCUGUUUCAGUAUCUUCAGGACGUAACAUCCUAGCUACCUUGUAUC